AUGGUAUCCAUACUCCUACCUCUCUACAUCUAUCCCACAGCAGGGUCAUGGGAGCCCCUGCUGUCCGUGGCGCAAAGCCACCCCGGCAUCUCCUUCACCGUCGUCGUCAACCCCAACAACGGACCCGGUACCACGCCUCUACCGGACGACAACUACGUCGAGGCCCUCGCGAGCUUCAAGUCCCUUCCCAACGUACACCUGAUAGGCUACGUCUGCUGCUACUACGGCGACCGCGACACCGACCUCAUCGAGGACGACAUCUACAUCUACAGCCAAUGGGAGUCCGAGCUCGCCACCCUCGGCCAGACCGGCGUGUCCGUCGACGGCAUCUUCUUCGACGAGGUGCCCGCCGAGGUCGAGUACGGCGGCUCCACCGUCAUCUUCAACCCGGGCGUCAUCGUCGACGAGGCCUUUUACAGCCAAGCCGACCUCGUCGUCGCCUUUGAGGACACAGAGCUCAACCUCGACGAUUUUCUCGAGGCCUCGGAUGAUCUGUCGGCCCAGAACCGCGCCAAGUCCGCGGCUAUUGUCCACACGUACCAGGGCACGGCGGAGGGUUUGGCCGACCUGGUCGACGAGAUACGGGAGGCUGGGCUGGGCGGCGUGUUCGUCACGGACCAGACGGGCGGGGUGUAUAAUGAGUGGCCGGACUGGUGGGAUUCGCUGAUUGAGAUUGUGCGCGUGUUUCCCGAUACAGUGGCGACGAAGCUGAAGACGCUCAAGUAA